ACAUGGCCGCGACCAACGAGAUCAUGUUGGAUUAAUCUUUUUAUGCAUGAGUAACACAUUUAUAGACCAAAAAAACAUCAAUACAUAGGUUUUUAUAUCCAAAGACAGAGUAAAAUGAAGACAUUUUGCGGUCGUGCAAAUCCAACAACCGGAGCCCUGGACUGGGUGGAGGAGAGCGAGGAAUAUGAUUAUCAUCAGGAGAUUGCCAGGUCUUGCUAUGCAGAUAUGCUCCAUGAUAAAGACAGAAAUGAGAAGUACUAUAAGGGCAUUCGAGCAGCAGUGAGCAGAGUGAAGGCACGUGGAGAACGAGUGGUGGUUCUGGAUAUUGGAACAGGGACUGGUCUGCUCUCCAUGAUGGCGGUGACUGCUGGAGCUGACUACUGCUACGCCAUAGAGGUGUUUAAACCCAUGGCACAGGCUGCUGCUUGCAUCGUUCAGAGAAAUGGCUUCUCAGACAAAAUCAAGAUCAUCAACAAACAUUCCACUGAGGUUACAGUCGGACCAGAUGGAGACAUGCAAGAGCGAGCGAAUGUUCUUGUCACAGAGCUGUUUGAUACUGAGCUGAUUGGCGAAGGAGCGUUGCCCAGCUAUGAGCAUGCACACAUUAAUCUUGUCCAGGUAGGCUGUGAGGCUGUGCCACAUCGUGCCACAGUCUAUGCCCAGCUGGUGGAGUCUGAUAUGCUGUGGAAAUGGUCACAGAUUCAGCCUAUCGAGGUGGAUGGGCACAAACUGCUGCCCCCUCCUGCUGUACUAGAGUGUGCAGGAGCGGCCUCUGUUUGUGAUAUCCAGCUCAGUCAAGUGUCGCCACAAUCUUUCACUCCCCUCGGGCCCAUCUGCACCAUGUUCCGUGUUGACUUCAGUAAGCCAGUCAGCAGUGCUGCUCAGUCAUACAAAGCACAAUUCAAGGCCCAGACUAGCGGGAGGGCACAUGUGGUCUUAACCUGGUGGGAUAUCGACAUGGACCCUGAUGGAAACAUUGUGUGCACAAUGGCCCCGAGUUGGACCUACCCAGAACCUAAUUCUUACCCUUGGAGAGAUCACUGGAUGCAGAGCGUCUAUUUCCUCCCUGCAGAGAAGAACGUGUCUGAGGGAGAAGAGCUCAGUUUAACAGUCUCCCAUGAUGACUACAGCCUCUGGUACAGCCUUUCACACAGUCAACACUGUGAUGUUGGAGUGACACCUUUUCGACCGUGCUGUACCUGUCAGGCCCAUCUGGUCUGGACGAGGCCUCGCUUUGGGGAACUGAAUGAUGAGCAGAGGACUGAGAGUUAUGUGAAUGCACUACGCAGUAUUCUGAAACCAGACAGUGUGUGUUUAUCAGUCAGUGAUGGCAGCCUGUUACCCAUCUUUGCUCAUCUGCUUGGAGCUGGGAAGGUGUUUAGCUUGGAAAAUUCUGGAAUGGCAAAACAAGUGAUUAAACAGGUUCUACAAGCAAAUUCAUUGAAACAUGGAGUACAGCUAUUGGGAAUCCGGUCCGAGCAGCUCACAUUAGAUGAUUUGGAGGGAAAUCAGAUAUCUGUUUUGAUGGGAGAGCCGUAUUUCAGCACCAGCCUGUUGCCCUGGCACUCUCUGUUCUUCUGGUACUGCCGCACCGCUGUGGCCCGGCUGCUCCAGCCCAAUGCCACCAUCCUGCCCCGUGCUGCCACCCUUUACAUAGUUGCUGUUGAAUUCAGAGAUCUGUGGAGAAUCAGAGUUCCAUGCGGUACUUGUGAGGGCUUUGAUGUCAGUCCCAUGGACGAGAUGAUUCAGCGAUCUCUGGAUUUCCGUGAAUCUUGGGAGGCAGAGCCACACCCACUGUGGGAGUACCCUUGUUGUGCCCUGACCAAACCACACCCAGUCAUGUCAUUCGAUUUUACACAAUGUGUUCCUGAGCAACCAAUCAGCAGCCAAGGAACUGUGCCACUCACAGGGAGAGGACGUUGUCAUGCCGUUGCUCUCUGGAUGGAGUAUCAGCUGACAGAGGACAUCACCGUAAGCAUGGGCCUAACAAAACCAAUUGACGAAAAGGGAGCUUGUGAAUGGAACCCACAUCGAAAACAAGGAGUGUUCUUCUUUGGAUCUACUAAUGAAACUUCUGGAGAUGGAAGGGAAGAUCUCUCCUACAACUUAACCUUUGAACCUCAUACUGGUGACAUUAGAAUGGACUUCUCUGUUGCAGCACCUUGACCAAUGGCCAUUAUG